CUGCCGCGCAGCAGAUGCUUGGCUUGAAGGGACAGGACGCACAAGUAUGUUUAAGUAAAGGACUGUCAAAUAAUGCAGUUUCAAGAGGGAUGGCUGUUUUCGCAAACAAUACUUUUGGAAUAUUUUGGAUUACUGCAAAAAUACUAUCUUUCUCUUUUGGACCCACUAGAACAGUGUCCCUCAUGACACUUAUUUUUUUCCGAAGAUCGACCUAAUGUUCUGAAAUGUUAACUGAGAUGAAUUCGUACUACAUCGUAUUUGAGAUAUUAAUAGCAAUUUUGUCCAUCUCUGGCAAUGUAUUGGUUUGCUGGGCUGUCGCCAUCAACACCACUCUGAAAACAGCUACUAACUACUUUUUGGUGUCUUUGGCUGUGGCAGAUAUUUUGGUGGGUUGCCUUGCCAUCCCCUUUGCCAUAACCAUAAGCAUUGGUAUCGAUUUGGACUUCUAUGGAUGCCUUUUCCUUGCUUGUUUUGUUUUGGUACUGACUCAAAGCUCAAUUUUUAGCCUCCUUGCAGUUGCAAUUGAUAGAUAUUUGGCCAUCAAAAUACCCCUCAGGUACAGGGAGCUGGUGACAGGCACGAGGGCCAGAAGAAUCAUUGCUAUCUUAUGGAUGCUGUCCUUUAUCAUCGGCCUCAUCCCGUUCCUGGGUUGGAACCUGAAGGUGUCUUCCUCUCGUCAGAAUGUCUCCAGCAGCCUGACAAAUGGCAGCUCUGUGGGGGACACCAAUACCACCAUCAGCAGCAAUCUUACCUGCCUGUUUGAGAAUGUGGUGGAUAUGCACUACAUGGUCUACUUCAACUUCUUCGGCUGCGUCCUGCCUCCUCUGCUUAUCAUGCUGGGCAUCUAUGUGAAGAUCUUCACUGUGGCCCGCAAGCAGAUGCACAAGAUUGAGCUCAAGUGCUCGGUGAGCAGCAAUGGGGGCAGCCAACAUCACGGGCUGCUUCAGCGCGAGAUCCGUGCUGCCAAGUCUCUGUCCAUCAUCGUGGGGCUGUUUGCCCUCUGCUGGCUGCCCGUGCACAUCCUCAACUGCCUGACCCUGUUCUACAAGGAGCUGCAAAAGCCGCCCCUCGUCAUGUACAUAGCCAUCAUGCUGUCGCACGCCAACUCAGCUGUCAAUCCCAUUAUCUACGCCUACCGCAUCCAGGACUUCAGGAACACCUUCCGCAAAAUCCUGACCCGUCAAGUCCUGUGUCAGAGGGAGGAGCUGUACCUCCACUCCUCCAAAGGGAGCAGGCGGAACAGAGACCAGAUCCACAUGACCAUUGACCCUUUACUCUGAGGGGUGGGGCUGCAGGCCGGGCGUGUGACUCAAGGAGAGCCCCAACUCCUCAAAACACUACCCAUGUUCAUGUUUUUGUUGUAUUUUAUUAUUGAAUGUCAUUUUAAGUGAGAUUAUAAAUGUUUACAGUACAAAGAGAAGGGGUAUAAUGAUAAAUUAAGCUGAAUAGAUUAAUCUGUCAAAUAUGCCUUGAAUGUGGAGUGUUAUUUAUGAGUUAAGGUGAGUAUCAGGCCAGCUGAUGAAAAGCUAGCUUGGUCCCAGAUCUGUUUGUGCCGUCUUUCUAACUCCUAUGGUCAUUGUCAUGGCCAUAGGAGUUAGCAAGACCGCAGAAACAUCUGGGACCAGACUAGUGAAAAUCGUAUUUACUUUAAAGCUGGAAACCGUACUUGGUACAACUGCCACGUCCGUUUGCGAUAUUACAACAACUAAGAAGUUACUUCAAACAACAAAUAUUGUUUUUUCCCCCUCGGACAUCAUUGCACGCAUGAUAGAACAGCAGAGUAUGUAGGCCUACUGCAAUUGUUUUUACCAUGAUGCUGGAUGCUCCUCUCCUCUGUUUCAUCAACAAAACAAAAACAAUAACACGUACUGGGGUCGAAUAGUGGCACUGUUUUACCUUAUGCAGAUUUCAGCUUUAACUGUUGAAGGAUUAUUAUUUUAUUUUGUUGAAGCCAACUGGAUUUGCAGGACUGUGAAAUUAAUCCACUGAUGAAUCCAUUACUACGAGAUAACACCUAAUUUACCAUAUUUACACAUUGACCAUAUCAUAACUUAAAACACUCAUUUUUCUAAGCCUUAACUUUCCAAAAAUAAUAGGCAUCAAGUGUUCAAUGUUGUUUACCGUUUGGUAUUUUAUUUGUCAUGUAGCUCAAAUUUGAGAAACCUGGCUGAGGUGUGUACUGUAUUGUUCGUCAUGGGCUAUAUCGGACUUCCUCAGUACUGGUGUUGCAUAAAAACAUACAUAGGAAACUCUGCCCAGUGGAACCAUUUACGACUAAACAGCAACACAUCCAGUGAGAGGGCACAAGACACACAACACAGCUCGGAUUGGGAAAGUAUUUUUACACAUAAUAUAAACUGGAGUGUUAUUGUGCUCUGCUUGAAUUUAGCAAAUGUCAUGGCUUCUUUAGUGUCAUGGAGAAAGCUCAGGAAUAUACAGAAUGUGGUGGGAAGACUGACUGAGUCAUGUGGGAAAAAUACAUCUAAAAUUCAGACACAGAAUACUUAGAGGUAAGAAAAUCAUGUCAAUCAUUACUUACAAAUACAUGCCUCAUUAUUUGAAAUUCUUGAUUACUUAGUUAUGUAAUCCCACUUUAAAAUUAUAGAUUUACAUUAUUAUUCCUAACACAAUGCAGACAUAUUUUGGGGUCUUGUUCAACAUAUCAGAAAACAAAUAUAUGAUGUGUUAUAUAUUGCACAUCUGAAUGUCACUCUCUUCCCUUGGCAUCCCUAGAAGGUCCAUUAUACAACCCUCACAUGGACUAACACACACACCUCACAUGGACACAGCUGCGAUCGUUUGCCCACCUGGCAAAUUCCAUUCCACCACAGGCCACCAUCAUCAUAGUGUCAACUCUGACUAACUGUCUCUCUGUAAUAAAGGAGAAGCGAGAGAGCCUGGCGUCUUCACAAAGGACACUGGGAUGUAAGUGUCACCUCAUAAAAACAAACCAGGCGGCUUUUAACACUAAAUAUUGUCAAACUGUUGGAUCAACCACUUCUACUGCGUACGGUCUGGCCUUGUCCUAGCAUAGCAGCUAAGAGCCAUGUGGCUCCAUCCCCCUCACUCAGUCAGAACUCCUAAAUUCACAACUUCACUACACCAAGCCAAAUCAGUCAAUGCAAUGCUGAGGAGGUCCGUCUUUGUUGAACGAAACAAGUACCCAGGGUUGGGGUCAAUUCUGAAUUGAGUUGCGAAUUGCUCUUUAAUGACAAUUACAUUCUUGAAUUUGUAUUGGCCACACCUGACAGGAAGCAGAAUUUGAAUUGAAUUUGCAUUAAAGAAAGUAUAGUUAAAUUAAAUGAAAUUCAAUGAAAUUAAAAUGGUAUAUUUAUUCUGAAUUGCUUUAAAUUAAAUUAUACUUCCUUCAAUUCAAAUUCUGCUUAUUUUGGGGUGUGGCCAAUUCAAAUUAAAUUCAGAGAUUUUGAAUUGACCCCAACCCUGCAAGGAACAUGAGGCCUAACGAGAUUGUAGGGUUUACAAGUUUUUGUUCUGUGAAAGACAAAAAUAUGCUUCAUUGGUUUAAGUGUGUAAUUGUAUUUUUGUACCAGUGAGUCUGACACAGUUCUGUUAAAUAGACGUGCAUCGUUCUCUGUUUGAAGAUGUCUCUCCCUCUACUUGAACACCAACUGAUGUACUUGCCCUUGUUCUGGUGGUUAGCAUUGUGGACAAUGGCCUCUUUUCUAAGAAGCAGUGAAAGUCUAUUUUCUUUUCAACUGGCUGAAAUUAGAUGUGGCUUUCUAUCAAAGACAGGAAACCAAACCUCCACAAAAUAGUUCCAGUUUAACGAGUCUCAGUUUGGAUGUAAUGGCACACAAUUGGUGCUACAAUUAAGGUGUUUUUCCCCUCUACUAUGAGAAGAGCCUCCUUGGUGUGCUAUUAAACUGUGUUGUGUACUGUUUUUGAGUGUACACAAAGUUAAAGAGAUUGAACGGUAUCUAAAAUACUUACAAAUUUGUAACAUAUUGUAAGAAUUGGAAUUCGUAACAUAUCAUAUAAAAUGGAUGACAGGAGAGGAACAAAAAUUGCAGGACAUAACAUAUCAUACGAAAUGGAUGACAUUUUUGGGGACCAGUUUUCUCUUGUGAGCGCUACUUUCAAAACUACUGCCUGAAAUGUAGCCCUGUGUAGCUCAGUUGGUAGAGCAUUGUGCUUGCAA